CACACAUACGAGAGUAGAACAUAGUUAACAGUAAACAACCUUUAUUAUUGGGGUUAAAUUAAAACAAGUGAUGUACAGAAGGCGAAAGUCGCUAACAACUGGAUUAACAGUUUAUAAAACAGAAGAUCUGCAAUCUUCGAACCAAAAGCCCUGCGAAAGCUAAGUGAAGAAGCAGCUCGAUAUGGCGGCGCCGGCUGAGAAGCAGUCAUUUCGUGAGCAACAAAUUCAAGAAUUGGAAGCGAUAAAGUCAAUUUAUGCCUCCGAUGUCGAGGUUUUACGUCCCAGCUGUGAACCAGAUACGCCUGCCGCGCAAUGGAAACCGACGGAAAUACGCAUAUCGCUGGUACCAUUGCGCGAUUCUGCCAACACAAAUACAGAACCUCAUGCACGUAUCAAAUUGCACAUUAUAUGCCCAUCUAAAUAUCCAAAACUUGCACCUAAAAUACUGUUGGAAGAGCCUAAAGGUCUCUCCGAUCAGCUGGUGGAGGAGUUGUUGCAACAAUUGCAGCAGCAAGCGGAGAAGCAACGCGGGGAAGUAAUGAUUUUUGAUUUGGUGCAAACCGUGCAAUCUUUCCUACUUAAAUACAAUAAGCCACCACGCGGUUCUCUCUACGAUCAAAUGUUACAAGAAAAUCAAAAGCGUGAAAAAGCGCGGCUCGAUAUGGAAAAGGAAAAAGAAAUAUUAGAGCGACAAACAUGGAUUGAAGAGAUUGAGCGGCGCAAGGAAUUGUUUAAAAGCGAAACUAAACGACGCGAAAGGCGUCGUACUAUGAGCGAAUCUAAUUAUGCCACCUCGUCGGAAAGUUCCGAAAAUUCAUCACCAUAUUUACGAGGAAGCCGUAAUCCGAACAAAUGUGUGAUACAUUGCAAUAGCGAAAAACUGUAUUUCCACAAAGUGGGCCGUCAAGUGUCAAGGGGUACUUGUUUGGGCCACUCACGCAAAGGUCGCGUCGCCUACGCUGGCAUUGAUGACGACAACGGGCAGUUACUUUAUUUAACGGAAUGGACCAUAAAAUAUUCACAAUUAGAACAAAAAUGUGGCAAUGGUGGUCAUUGUUACUGGCUUCAUUCAGCGCCCAAAUGUAAGGGUAACCAUUCCGUUGAUGAUGUUAUGGCCUCUAUUGAAAAACGCGUUUUGAUGCUCUCGAAUUUACAUCAUAAAAAUAUCAUACAAUACCAAUGUGUUCUAUGUGUAAAACGGAAAGAAGGUCUUAUCGUUUAUCUUGCGCAAGACUUUUUACGCGGCACCAGUUUGCGGAAUAUAUCAUCGAGUUUGGGUUGGUGCAUUGAGGGCGUGCGCAUGGUGGCACAGGGUGUGCUCGACGCGCUAGUCUUCCUACACAAUAAGGGCGUUUCGCAUAGCUACCUCUUGGAUAGCACAGUAUUUUUGGAUAAUACGGGCACUUUGCGCUGCACGGACUUUUCGCUGGUGCCCAAUUUGCUGGAACUGAUUGGUGAUGUAGAAGAACAACCAAUGCGUGGUGAUUUCCCAGCUUUGGGCGCACUCAUCGAAAAUCGAAUGCCAACGCGUACAGUAGAGAUGCGCGAUUUUAUCGCCAAGUGCUUUUCGGAUCGUACACUCUCUGGAUCAGAACUUCUCGAACAUCAAUUUUUGCGUGCAUCAUUGCUUGGACACGAGGAUGAGACGGAUGUACAUUUUGCAUUGCACCAGAGCGCAGCGCAACGGCGAGCCUCCGGCGGUGCAGCAGGUCUAGCAUUGCAGCAUAAAAAACAAGCAGAGAAACAUUUGCCAGCAACGUUGACAGUUAUGCCUAUAAUGCCGAUGAGCCCGUCUAGACUCUCGAACGAAUUUAAAUUGAUGACGUAUGUGGGAGAAGGCGCAUUUGGCGAUGUGUUGAAAGUGCGCAAUAUAUUGGACAACCGCGAGUACGCUUUGAAGCGUAUUCCACUGCCAGCUCGUAGUCGCCAACUCUACAAAAAGAUGACGCGGGAAGUUGAGCUGCUCUCGCGCUUGAACCACGAAAAUGUUGUACGCUAUUUUAACAGUUGGAUCGAAACGUCAACUAUAUCAGAUGAGGCAGAAUUGAAAAAAUUAGGCGGCGGCGAAGGUUCAUCCAGCUUUGAAAGCAGCUUCGAGCCAAAGGUAUCACCGAAACUGGUUUCACCCAGGAAAAAAAAUGAGACUUCAUCCAGUUCAUGGAGUGGCUGUGUCAAAAAUGCAGCGGAAUCCGAGUCCGAUAGCAUCGUGUUCCUUAAUUCGCAUGACGAAAUUGUCAAGUACGUCGAUGAGGAGGAAGAUGAUGAGGACGAUGAUGAUGAAGAGGAUGAUGAGGCAGAGGACGAAGAGUCAGGACAGCCAAAAUCGAUUUCGCCUAAACCUAUGCAAGUUAUGUACAUACAAAUGGAAUUUUGUGAGAAAAGCACACUAAGAACUGCUAUUGAUGAGAACCUUUACAAGGACACGGAGCGAUUGUGGCGCUUAUUUCGGGAAAUCGCUGAGGGUCUAUCGCACAUACACCAACAAGGCAUCAUACAUCGUGACUUAAAGCCUGUAAAUAUAUUUUUGGACUCGCAUGAUCACAUCAAAAUUGGUGAUUUCGGCCUAGCCACCACCAGUUUUCUAGCGCUACAAAGCCAACACGAACACACUUCUCAACAACAAACGCAGCAAAAUGGCUCGGCAGAAGAAGGCACUGGCACAGGCAAAGUCGGCACUACUUUGUAUGUGGCGCCCGAAUUGACUGGAAAUGCCGCCAAGUCUACAUACAGCCAAAAGGUCGACAUGUACACCUUGGGUAUUAUACUAUUUGAAAUGGCGCGACCGCCGUUUAGCACUGGCAUGGAGCGCGUACAUACAAUAGUCGCCCUACGCACCGCUACCAUCUUGCUGCCAGAUGAUAUGCUAACUGAUAACCGUAAUGAGAAAACGAUCAAGAUCCUCCGGUGGCUAUUAAACCACGAUCCGGCACAACGUCCCACCGCCGAGGAGUUGCUCUCAUCAGAUUUGGUGCCGCCUGUGCAACUCGAGGCUAACGAAUUGCAAGAGAUGCUGCGCCAUGUGCUUGCGAAUCCCCAAAGCAAAGCCUACAAACAUCUGGUGGCACGUUGUUUGCAGCAACAGAGCGAUGAACUGCUGGAAUACACCUAUCAUUUGGGUAGCAGUCGUAAUAUGAAAUCGUGGAGCUCAUCAAUCUCGUUAGAUGGCUUAGUUUCAUUGAAUCCUAUUUUUGAAUUUGUCAAAUCGAAAGUAGUUGCUUUGUUUCGCAAACAUGGCGCAAUCGAGGUAGAUACACCGCUGCUGUCACCGCUUUCGAAACGCACAAACGCCUGGAACAAUCCAGUGCGGCUCAUGACACACUCCGGCUGUGUGGUGGUGCUGCCCACGGAUUUGCGCACCGAAUUCGCUCAUCACGUCACCAUGAAUGGCGUGAAUAUGAUACGUCGCUAUUGUGUGGAUCGUAACUACCGCGAAAAGAAGGUAUUCAAUUUUCAUCCCAAGCAAAGCUACGAAUGUGCCUUCGAUAUAAUUACACCGUACGCCAGUAGCCCGCUCGUAGACGCCGAACUCUUGUCGCUUGCCUUCGAAAUCAGCAAUGAGAUACCGCGAAUACGUGAGAAAAAUUUGCGCAUACGCAUGAAUCAUACCCAUCUGUUGCGCGCCAUACUGCUUUACUGUAAUGUACCUAAGAAUUCGUACACCGAAUUGUUUGCAAAUAUAGCGGAUUGCACUGAAGGACGUAUUUCUAAAUUUCAAUUUCACUCUGCCGUUACGGUUAUCAUGGAGAAAUCGCGUUCCUCUGCUACGGCGCUAAUUGAAUUGUUGUUGGCGACUUUCCAAAUCAGCACCACCAGAAGUAAUGUCGACGAAACGGCGUUGAAAUCGCUGGUGCGUGGCAAAGGUGAGGCAGCUUCGUUGGCUAAGAGCGCGCUCAGGGAGUUGGGCACCAUUGUGAGUUUGGCACACAGUCUUGGCGUCACGUGUCCAAUACAUAUUUUUGCUGGGAUGCCCGACGGUUUCGAUCGUGCCAGCGGCGGUGGGGUUGUGUGGCAAUUAUUUGUCGAUCUUAAACGAAAUCGAAGUACUCAUUCAGCGCUGUUGGCGAAGGGCGAACGCUACGAUACAAUGUUGAAUGAGUUCCAGAAGCAGGCACAAGGUUUCAAUCAAAAUGCACCGGGUCGUGUCAUCAGCGGUGCUGGGCUUUCGUUUUCAUUGGACAAACUAGUGGCUGCAAUGGAUGUGGAGUACGUGAAAGAUUGCCGUGCCAUAGACGUCGGGGUGUGCGUGUAUGGCACACAUCCGCCAUUUAAAUAUGUCACCGAUAUUAUGCGCUUAUUGUGGGCGGCCAACAUACGUUGCUGUGUCGUAGAGUCGGUAAACGGUUCGGGUGAUGAAGCACAAGACUUGGCCAAGUUGGGUGCAUUGCAUGUGAUUUUGGUGGCCGAGAAUGGUGGUCUGCGUGUGCGUUCGUGGGACCGCGAUCGUGCUCAGGAACGGCACGUCACACGCUCGGAACUCGUUGAUUUCAUACACAAAUUACGGCCGGAACUAAACAAUGCCAGCGCCGUUGACUCGGCCACCCAGGCAACGGCUAGCAGUCCGGGUAGCAAUACGGGCUAUGGUGGUGGUGGGGGCUUGAGUACGUCUGCGUCAGGUUCGAGCAUAAAAAGCAGCUAUAAUCUUGGUCAAUGGCCGGAUGUUCAGGUGGUGUUUGUGAUGCAUGAAAAGUUGACAUCCAACUUGAGGCGGCGCUAUGAAAACCAGGUUACACAGCAAAUGUCUACGACACUCUCGCAGUUCACGAAAAAGGAAAAUGUGGUUGUGCUGGUGGUGGAGCUGUCACCAACGAUAGUCAAUGCUAUCGUGGGCGCAAUAAAUCCGCGUGAUGCAAACAAAAAGGAGACUGAAGUUGAAAUCAACAAUGUGAUGGAAAGGUUUCCUAAGUUCAAACGCUAUAUAAUUGAAAUAACGGAUGAGAUUAUCGACUACCUAAGCGGUGACAAAGCGUCCGUAGUGGCCUUAUAUACCAUUUCGGGCUCGUAUUAUCGCGUUAUCAUUUGAUCAUCAAUGACAAUGUUUAUAUUUCUCACAUUGGCCGACUAUUUUGUAAAAAAUCUUUAAUAUUUAUGUAUGUAGAUUGUAUUACAAUAUUUAUCUGUUUCUGUUAUCAUUAAAAUUUUGUUCGAAUUUCUGAAAAGUUUGAUGAAGAAUUUGUUUAAAACAUAACCUUCUGCCAGCGCAAGUGAUUUUAGUCAAUUAACCAACCAACAAAUGUAUUUUUACAAACAUACGUCUUAUUUAUAUUCUAUUUAUCUAUUCUAUACUAAUAAAUUAUUUUUAAGUUUCAAGUAAUUUUCUCAGCUGUGUCAAAUACGUAAAUUAUAGUCGAUGUUUUUAAUAAAGUGCAAAAUCUCGAGUUUGUAACUAUGUGAAUAUAA